AAGUUAUAACUUUCCUAUAAAAUUGAAUAUGCAAAACUCAGAUUUUGCCUGCCUUUAGAAAUCCCCCAUAGAACUCCUCUCCAUCUCUCUCUCACACACACAGCAGCGAUGGCUUUGAGGUCGUGUGCAUCGAAGCUUAUCACCUCCUCCCAAACCGUCUUUUCCAACUCCGUGAGCAGAGGAAUCCAUUCAACUAGCGUAACAAGAAUGGGAGGACAUGGCCAUGAUGAGCCAUUCUAUCUUCAUGCUAAGCACAUGUACAACUUAGACAGGAUGUCCAAUCAGAAGCUGAAGAUGACCCUUGGUGUUUGGUCUGCAGUCGCCAUUGGUGUUAUAGUCCCAGUUUAUGCUGUCGUUUUCCAGCAAAAGAAAACUGCUUCGGGUUAGAUCAGCUUCUUAUUUGGGCCUCCUGCACAAUAAUGCAGUUCAGCGUUUAUCCUUGUGAAGACCAAAACCUAUUUGUUUUAAAGCUUUUAAUAGCUUUCAGUUUUAGUUUAGCUAUACAAUGGCGUUUUCUUUUCUUUUUUCAACGGCAACAAAGGCGUUUGUGCCUGAUUCUUAAAUAAUAUUUUCUGAAAACACCAACUCAAUUGGAGUGUUUUGUUAUCCCAUUUACUGCAGAUUUUCUGCAGUUUGAUAUCUUUCUUUCUGAA